UGAAACAAUGGAAGAACUUUCCAUGGCAAACACCAUGUUCGCCCUCAAUAUCCUCAAGCAUAUAGAAAAAACAAACUCUUCUCAGAAUAUCUUUUUGUCUCCAUGGAGCAUCUCGUCCACGUUGGCCAUGGUUUUCCUCGGUGCCAGAGGCGACACUGAACACCAGAUGGCUGAAGUGCUGCAAUUUAACAAAGUUGGUGGCUAUGACAUCACCACGGAAACCCCAGAGAAAGUCAGUGGCUUUGAUUUCACACAGCAGAUACAGAGGGGAAAUUAUCCUGAUGCUAUUUUACAGGCACAAGCAAGAGAUAAAGUCCAUUCAUCCUUCAACUUGCUCAGCUCUGCAAUCAACUCAUGCUCGGGAGAUUAUUUACUGGAAAGUGCCAACAAGCUGUUUGGAGAGAAGUCUGCUAGAUUCAAGGAAGAAUAUAUACAGCUCUGUAAGAAGUAUUACUCUACAGAACCAGAGGCAGUAGACUUCCUUAAAUGUGCUGAAGAAGCCAGAAAAAAGAUUAACUCCUGGGUCAAGACCCAGACCAACGGUGAAAUCGCAAACCUGUUACCUGAAGGUUCUGUAGAUGAAGACACUAAGAUGGUGCUGGUGAAUGCUGUCUACUUCAAAGGGAAGUGGAAAACUCCAUUUCAAAAGAAACUUAACGAGCUGUAUCCUUUCCAUGUGAACUCGCGUGAGAGCAUACCUGUUCAGAUGAUGCACCUACGUGAAAAGCUGAACAUUGGAUACAUACAGGACCUAAAGACUCAGAUUCUAGAGCUGCCGUAUUUUGGAAAUAUCAGUAUGUUCCUGUUGCUUCCUGAUGAGAUUGAUGACGCAUCCACUGGCUUGGAGCUGCUCGAGAGUGAAAUAAACUUUGAUAAAUUCAACAAGUGGAUCGGCAAAGACACAAUGGCUGAAGAUGACGUUGCGGUCUACAUUCCCCAGUUCAAACUAGAACAAAAUUAUGAACUCAAAUCCAUUCUGAGAAGCAUGGGCAUGGAGGAUGCCUUCGAUAAGAGCAAGGCCAACUUCUCAGGGAUGUCCCAGAGGAAUGACCUUUUUCUUUCUGAGGUGUUCCAUCAAGCCACAGUGGAUGUCAAUGAGGAAGGCACCAUUGCUGCUGGUGGCACCGGGGCAGUUAUGACAGGGAGAACUGGUCACGGAGGCCCACAGUUUGUGGCAGAUCAUCCUUUUAUUUUCUUUAUCAUCAACAAAGUUACCAACAUGAUACUAUUUUAUGGUAGAUUCUCCUCACCCUAAAAAGUGAAGGCUUUAUUUAUACAUUGUCUUUUAUAGCAUGAGUUAUAAGCCACAGAAUUGCUUCUGCAAGUGCCAAAAGUUUGGAGACUUUCCUACACAUUUCUGUACUUCUGCUAUACACUAAAUAUAAACUCAAAAAUAGCUGCACAACUGUCAACAAUGCUUAUAGAAAGCUAUUGUGUUUAUCUUAAAAUCAGAUGAUGUCUAUUUAAUUCAUACUCAUCAUUGCUUUGUCUUUAUAGUUUCAGUUUUUACAGUGUUAUUUAUUAUUUAUGUAAUGGUAGUUUUACAAAUUGUUAUCCUCUGUCUAAUGAAAUUGUAAUCCUGAAGAAGCAGGUGAUUAGAUAAUUUUCUAUCUAAUGAAAAGCAACUGUUUGAUCUAAUAAUGAAGGAAAAAUAUGAGUCCUUAUAUGCUCAGCCAAAUGAAAGCACUUAACAAAAGUGAACAGCAUGCUAUAUUUCUAUCACUGUAUGUCAUAUGUGUGCAUCUGCAACUCAUCUGUAAUUAGGAAUAUGUAAUAGGUUAGCAUGCUUACUUACCCACAGGUAUUGUUGUUCUCUCUUAGGUAUGUGGAGCAUAAUAAUCAGUCCUUGUCUGUUGGUCUUCUUUACAUUACUGUAACACAAUGCCUCAGAUAAUAAAGUUGAAAGAUUUA